CAUAGGCAGAAACCGAAAUAAACACACACACACACACACACACACACACAUUCAUGCAGAGCCCCUGUGUAGCAGCACGGGGCCGUGGUGUUCGCCAGGGUGGGUGUAUGGGUCGUAUGUGUCGAGGCUUAAAUGGAUCCGCCCGCGAGCUCUGAAGGGGAGCCCGGGGCGGGGGAGAGCAGGGACAAGGAACCGGGGUGAACGUGCGGGUAGUUUGCUCUCCGACAGUCUUGACGGCGGACGUAUUUAAAAUGAGAUUAGCAGACAGACUACACGCACCAGCAUUUGUCUAUUCCUUGGUGAUCUUCCACCUUUCAAAGGUAGCUGAAAAUAAAGAAGAGAAAGAGAACCAAAGAAGAUGGAAUCACAAUAGUCUGCCCGUGAUGCUUGAAGUUACGGGGUCCAGAGACAAGGCCGAGAACAGUAACGGGGAAGAUGGGUGGAAUCUGGACGAAGAAGCCGUCGCCUCCACGACGGGCGAGGCCGUCACACGCUCAGACAAAGCAAGUAUCAGGAGCAGUGAGCACUGGUGGCAAAUAACAAGUUCUUAUGAUCCAGCACUAGAUGCAGAGCCUGCAUUGUGGGAUGGAGAAAGGCUGGUGGACAGUGAAUCUCCAAAUAUUUUUGAUGAAUAUCUCCUUAUUCAGGACACUUGGGAAGAACAUAAAGUUAGUUAAUCAGCUAGUUAGUCUCUUUAAUGGCUGUGAAUAAUAAAUAUGAUUUUUUUUAUA